AUGCCGCCGAAGAAGCCUGCGGGCAAUCUUGUCCAGGCCGAGGUCGCAUUGAAGCAGACACUCAAGAAUUGUCUUGUCAAUCUUCCCUCCACGCUCGUGUCGGUGCUCGUGAAUGCCAAUGCUGUCGCCCAGAAUGUCGUCGUCGAGCUCUCCUAUCGCCAGCCUCCCCCACCUGGCGCCUCGGAAUCCAGAAACGCCUCCCCGUCCAAGUCAGUGUUCGUGGGAUGGACAGGCAUGCAGAGCCAGCGUAGACUUGCGUCUGUAGUCGGUCCGGGUGGGCUGAGAGGCAACGUAGCUACGAACCAGCAGGAUAUUCCCGCUGUAGAGGUUGAUGCUACUUUUGCGCGCCUCAUUGGGCUCACUGAAGGUCAGAAGGUGGGCAUCUUGCUGCACCUCGACCCUCCACAGGCGCAUACCAUCAACAUCGAGCCUCUGACCCCGGUGGACUGGGAGAUGAUAGAGCUGCAUGCACAGUUUCUAGAAUUGAACUUCUUGUCCCAGAUACGCGCGCUUCCCAACCCUCAAGCUCAGGCACCACAUCCGUUGACACUCCACCUCUCCCCUACCACCACCGCGAACAUCACAGUAACAUCCAUCGCACCCGCACCGCCAACGACAUCGCCCUUUGUGAAGAUAUCUCCGGAUGCUGAGGUCAUUGUUGCACCCAAGACACGUCAGAAGGAGCGCAGUUCGACUAGAGAAAGUAGAAGCGUGGGAGCUGCUUCGAGAAAGAGCGGAAAGAGUGUCGCUAGUACAGUCAGACGACGUAGCGGCCGCGACGACAAUGCUAGCAAGGGUGCCGUCUUCCUGCGAGGCGUGGACCGCAGUGUUGCUCAAGAGUGGUUCGAUGAGGAGGAAGAUGCGGAUGCCCAAGGCCUCAAGGUCUGGGUAGACAAGGACGUCCUGCUCACCAAAGCGCUCCGUGGAGUGACAUGGGUAUCGGUAGCCGUCAUCAAGCCUGCAGGACUCCAAGAGCCGGUGGAUAUGUCACAAGAACAAGAGCAAGAAAAGCCGGCCGGUCGAGUAAUCGCGCGCAUCGCAAAUUGGGAAGACGCACCCGACAGCCGCCAUGUCGCCCUCUCAACAGACCUUUGCCAAGUGUUGGGCUUCGAGGGCUUUGUAGGUGGACUUGUCCGAAUUGAGGGUGCGCCAGCCCAGACCGCAAAGCCAUCAGCCAUCAAGCCAACAGGGUCGAAAGAGUCAAGGGAGCCGGUCGUGAAGACAAUCAAGAUUGUUCCCUUUUCUACCAAUGCGUCGCAAGGCAAUGCUUCGUUGAGAUUUGAGCAGGAGGACGCUAUUCAAAAGAUUAAAGUCACAUACGGCAAGAAGAAUGGCCUUCUCGAUGGACCAGUCACAGAUGGCAUGGUUCUUCCGCCCGUCGAAGAUUCUGAAUUAGGAUGGCAAGGAGGCCUUGUACGGUUCGAUCCUCCACAGUCGGCAGUCGGCGCAUCGUGGGUAUUGUUCCCAGAAAGGAAACCACCCAUCGAGCUCGCUCAAGAGAUACCGACUCCCUCUACGUGGGCUAGGGGUUGGAAGCAAGGUGAACCUUUACAGGCCAUCUCACCGAAUCUUGUUGGUAUCGACCCUCUCAUCCAGCAGCUCCGAUCGCACCUCACACACAACUCUUCUGUCCUUCUGACCGGUGGUCUCGGCGCAGGCAAGUCGCAAUGCGCGCAGCUCCUUGCCCACCAACUGCGGACCGAGUACCUCUUCAACGUCAUAUAUUUCCCAUGCAGCAAGCUUGUCACCGACGAGACAAGAGUAGCAACGAUCAAGGAGACACUAAACCGCUUGUUCGCGUCCGCAUCCUGGGGAGCCCGAUCGGGCGGUAAUGCUGUUGUAGUUCUGGACGACUUGGACAAGCUGUGUCCUGUUGAGACUGAGCUGCAAGUUGGUAAUGAGAAUGGACGAAGUCGUCAUGUCAGCGAAUGCCUUAUCUCUAUUGUCCGACAAUACUGCUCGAUAGACUCGGGUGUAGUACUGUUGGCAACGGCACAAGGCAAAGAAUCACUUAACAACGUGAUUGUCGGUGGCCACAUCGUGCGAGAGAUUGUAAGCUUAAAGGCGCCUAACAAGGAUGGACGACGAAAAGUACUUGAAAUGCUGGCACACAAGGACGCCAAACCUCAAUCAGCACUACCCGAAGAACCGAACGGACACGCAUUUCCAUCCUCGCCCACAAACAGUCGACCGAGUACUUCACAUCGCAGCAUCCCAGAUAAUGGCAGCAUACAAGAAGACGAGCCAGAAGGAUUUGGUUUCGUCGUAGAGUCCACAAUUGAUUUCUUGGACCUUGCUGGACAGACAGACGGCUACAUGCCAGGCGAUCUUGUCCUCCUGACAUCUCGGGCUCGCAACGAAGCACUCAUUCGCUCAAUCACAUCCUCUUCAAACACAGUAUCACUCACUCGCGACGACUACACUUCGGCGCUGAAAGGCUUCACACCAGCGUCCUUACGGAACGUCACAUUGCAGUCCUCAACAACAAAGUGGGACUCCAUUGGCGGUUUACACUCCACCCGUCAAACCCUCUUAGAGACGUUGCAAUACCCCACAACAUACGCGCCCAUCUUUGCUCAAUGCCCACUUCGUCUUCGAUCCGGUCUCCUGCUAUAUGGGUACCCGGGUUGUGGUAAGACACUCCUCGCCUCUGCUGUUGCCGGCGAAUGCGGUCUCAACUUCAUUUCCGUCAAAGGCCCCGAGAUCCUCAACAAGUACAUCGGUGCCUCAGAAAAGAGUGUCCGAGACCUCUUCGAGCGCGCAGAAGCUGCUCGACCAUGUGUCCUUUUCUUCGACGAGUUCGACUCGAUUGCACCAAAGCGAGGGCACGAUAGUACUGGUGUCACAGAUCGUGUGGUCAACCAGCUCUUGACACAAAUGGACGGUGCAGAAGGACUCAGCGGCGUCUACGUCCUCGCCGCCACCUCGCGACCCGAUCUCAUCGACCCUGCCUUGCUCCGCCCAGGUCGUCUAGACAAGAGUCUCCUCUGCGACAUGCCCGGCCUCGAAGAACGCAUCGACAUCCUGCGCGCCGUCACCCUCAAACUCAACCUCGCCCCCUCCCUCCUCACGUCCGACACCUCCGGCUCGAACCUCCGCGAAAUCGCCCGCCGCACAGAAGGCUACUCCGGCGCCGACCUGCAAGCCGUCGUAUACAACGCACAACUCGAAGCAAUCCACGACGUCCUGGGCGACGCAGAUCUGACCGCCGAUUCCAGCGCGAAGAAAUCCGACUCCAAAGAUAAAGACAAAACCAUCCCUGAAUUCAUGCACUUCCGCUACGGCGACGAUCCCUCAUCCCUCGACCCCGCCACACCCAUCCCCUCCGCCCAACUCACCGAGCGCGCCAUGAUCGCGCAGAAAAUCGCCGCUCUGCAAACACUCCGCCGUAAGCAGAAGGCCCUGCAGCGCCCGUCGUCCAGCCACAAUGACAAAGACGAAGUUGACAAGGACGACGAUGGCGAGCGCAAGGACCCGCAGAUCCAGUGGAAGCACAUUGAUAGUUCGCUGGGUACGACGCGCAGCAGUAUUAGUGCGCAGGAGCGGGUGCGGUUGAUGAGGAUUUAUCGCGAGUUUGUGGAUGGGCGGGAUGGGGAUUUGCCGAGUGGGCAGGGGGGGAGUGAGAUUGGGGGGAGGAGUAGUUUGAUGUAG